CUUCUUCUUCUUCUUCCGCCCAAAUAAUCCCUGGAAUAAAAAACCCUAACACUUUAAAACCCUAAACCAUUAAUUCUUAACAGAGAGACAGAAGUCGAUUACUAAUUCUUGUUUGUUUGUAUUGAUAUUUACUAAUUGUUUAUAAUCUCUCCGAUAACAGCACCGAAAAUGAGUCGAUACGAUAGCCGUUCCGGCGAUCCCACCUCUUACCGCGAUCGUAGAAGUGACUCAGGGUUUGGUGGGGCUUCAGCUUAUGACGGUUCGGUGCGGUCCUCAUCAAGCAGAAGGGAUUAUGAUGGUGCUGAACCGCCUAGGAAGUUGGAUUUGGAUGGGUUGACCCCUUUUGAGAAGAAUUUUUAUAUUGAGUCACCAUUAGUGGCGGCAAUGUCUGAUGCGGAGGUUGAGGAUUAUCGGCGGCGAAGGGAAAUUACGGUUGAAGGUCGUGAUGUUCCAAAGCCUGUGAAUAGUUUUCGUGACAUUGGGUUUCCAGACUAUGUACUGCAAGAAAUCACAAAAGCUGGAUUUGUUGAACCAACAGCCAUACAAGCUCAAGGCUGGCCGAUGGCUUUGAAGGGCCGUGAUCUCAUUGGUAUUGCUGAAACAGGGUCAGGGAAGACUCUUGCCUAUUUAUUGCCCGCAAUUGUCCAUGUCAAUGCGCAGCCAAUUUUAGCUCCUGGAGAUGGUCCUAUUGUACUAGUCUUAGCCCCGACACGCGAGCUUGCAGUUCAAAUACAACAAGAGGCUGCUAAGUUUGGUGCAUCAUCAAGGAUCAAGAAUACAUGCAUAUACGGAGGGGUUCCAAAGGGACCUCAAGUCCGUGAUCUCCAGAAAGGUGUUGAGAUUGUUAUUGCUACACCAGGGAGGUUGAUAGAUAUGUUGGAGUCAAAUCACACAAAUUUGCGAAGAGUUACAUAUUUAGUGUUGGAUGAGGCAGAUCGGAUGUUGGAUAUGGGGUUUGAACCUCAGAUAAGGAAAAUCGUUUCUCAGAUCCGCCCUGACCGUCAAACUUUGUAUUGGAGCGCGACUUGGCCGAAGGAGGUUGAACAGUUGGCAAGGCAGUUUCUUUACAACCCAUACAAAGUGGUAAUUGGAUCUGCAGAUUUAAAGGCUAACCAUGCAAUUCGCCAACAUGUUAACAUUGUUUCAGAGAGUCAGAAAUAUAACAAAUUGGUGAAGCUGCUCGAGGAUAUCAUGGAUGGCAGCAGAAUUUUGAUUUUCAUGGAUACCAAGAAGGGUUGUGACCAAAUUACUAGGCAACUUCGCAUGGAUGGUUGGCCUACUCUGUCAAUUCAUGGAGAUAAAAGUCAAGCAGAAAGGGAUUGGGUCCUUUCAGAGUUUAAAGCUGGCAAGAGCCCUAUAAUGACUGCAACAGAUGUUGCAGCUCGUGGUUUAGAUGUGAAAGAUGUGAAGUAUGUAAUCAAUUAUGACUUCCCGGGAUCUCUCGAGGAUUAUGUCCAUCGCAUUGGUCGAACAGGGAGGGCUGGGGCAAAAGGAACAGCCUAUACUUUCUUCACAGCUGCAAAUGCAAGAUUUGCCAAAGAACUUAUUGCCAUACUUGAGGAAGCUGGCCAGAAGGUCAGUCCUGAAUUGGCAGCAAUGGGACGCGGUGCACCUCCUCCCCCAUCAGGGGCCAUUAGAAAAUGAUAGGGCAUGCCCAUCCCGAGUGCUACGUUGUCAUCUCAAUAUUUGAUGAAUCAGGUCAUGGUGGUUUUCGAGACCGAGGUAAGGGAUACAGUGGCGGUCGCCCAUGGAGCUGAUUAACGGAAAGAUCCCUGUUCCCCAGAAGAGGAAAAUUAGAAAUACUAUGAGGGUACAGUGUAGUGUAGGCAUACUUUGUUUAGCUGUCACUACCCGCAGGAAGGGCAAGUAGAUGGGGAACUUGUAAAUUGACAGUGUAUGUACUCUCAGAUUAGAAGUCCGAUUCCCCCUUAAGCUAUGAGAACUCAACUCGUGAAUGAAAAAACAAAACAAAAAUGAGUUGCAUUUUUCCACUUCAUUCCAAAGCUGAUCAUGUUGGGGGGGGGGGUUUAAAUUGUUAUAUUCGAUGCAUAUUUGAGAAUACGACUAUAAAGAAAAAACACUUACCUUUUCGCGGAUAUUUA